AUGUCCCCUCGCAACUGGCGCAAUCCCAACAUUACUCGCCGGCAAUCCGGCGAGCGCGAGAGCGCGUGCGAGCACCUGUGGCGCGAUCGCAACCGUCGCAUAGUGGACCUGCUGCUGUCGCUGCAGUCGUCCGUGGUGUGCCUGCAGGAGUUCUGGUUCGACGGCGGCGACCUGGAGCGCAUGUACGAGUCGCACCUGCAGGCCAGCGGCUAUACGCUUUACAAGCUGCCCCGCACUAACGCCCGCGGCGACGGGCUGCUCACCGCCGUACGCACGAGCGCCGGCGCCAGAGGCGCCGUAGCGGAAAGUGCGGCGGAAGCGGCGGCGGGAAGCGAGGUGGUGAGCGUGGUGGACUAUGAGCCGAUUUUGUUCCACGACUGCGGCGACCGCGUGGCGCAGCUGCUGCGCUUGCGCGUCACGGGCGCAGGGGAGGGGGGGCGCCGGGAAGGGGAGGGACAGGCAGUGGAGAACGGCCGCGGUGAUGAUGGUGUGUUAGCAGAUACAGCAGCAGCAGCAGCUGAUGCUGCAGCAGCGGCGGAAGCAGGGCAGCAGCACGAGGUGCUGGUGAUAAACACGCACCUGCUAUUCCCGCACAACGCCAACUCGAGUGUGAUUCGGCUGCGCGAGGUGUACAAGAUCCUCGAAUACGUGGACGCCUACAAGCACGCGCACGGGCUGCACGCGCUGCCCAUCCUGCUCGCCGGCGACCUGAACGGCCCUUUGGACGGCGAGGUGUGUCGCUUCCUGCGGUCGCAGGGCUUCGUAUCGUGCUAUGACAGUGUGCAGAGCGGCGACGACACCGACAGUAAUUGGGUGUCGCACCGCAACCACCGGGGCGAGGAGGUGGGGGUGGACUUCGUGUGGCUGCUCAAUCCCUCCCAGCAGCUCCAUGGCCCGCUUACUGCUGACUGGAAGGCCGCUGUAUUUCGCAUGAUCAAGGCGAAGCUGAUAGAGGCGGGGAUAACAGAGGAGCGGCAGGCGUUCGAGUUUUUCCAGUCAGCCGGCACACACUCAGCCGGUCAGCAGCAGCAGCAGCAGCAGCAGCAGCAUGGGGAACAGAAUCACCACGACUGCAUCACCCCAGAGGAAUUUGCAUACGCCAUGGACGAGUCUUCUCCUCCCCCUCCACUCCCCCAUUCCACCCCCUCCCUCUCUUCCCCGCCACCCUUCCCCCACCCCUCCCGCUCCGUCUCCCUGCCUCAGCUGGGUCUAACGGGCGAGGACAGUGUGGGGCUGACGCGGGAGGAGAUUCGUGAGCUGGUGCAGCGGGCGGACACGAGUGGCAGCGGGGCGGUGGACUACAAGGCGUUCAAGCUGCUGCUGCGCACCGAGUCCAUGGAGGAUACCUUCGCCCGCAUCUGCAAGGCCACUGGGAUUCACGAGCAGCCGUGGAUUCAGCCCAGGCAGCAGCAGCAGGAGCAGCAGCAGCAGCAGCAGCAGCAGCAGCAGCAGCAGCAGCAGCAGCAGCAGCAGCAGCAGCAGCAGCCGUGGCAGAUGUGGCAGGGGCAGCAGGAUUUGCAGGGGUCGUUUGACGAGGCUGUGGAGCAACAGCAGCAUGAGAGCAGGUGUCCACUGAAGCGAGGCGUGCAGGCAUUGCAGCAAUGCAUCACGAUGGACGCCCUCUUCCACGACUCAGCUCCCAUUGCUGCUGGCAGUCCCCUGUCGCCUGGCAAUGCAGCAGCACCCUUUGGAAUGCCAGAGCAGCCAGUCUCACAGGUGUCGUCCUCAUUCCCCAUGUCGCUUGGACGGCAUGGGCCUAUGUGUGGGUACAACCCCAAGCGACGGGGUCAACAAGGCCAGCAGCAGGAGGAGGAGCUGGAGAGUGGUUUGGAAACGCGUGAGCUGGCGGUGCAAGCUGCAGAGUUGUUCCCGCCGGAGAUGCAGCAGGGCACGUGGCCCUCUGACUAUGACCUGUCGGACCAUGCUGCAGUCACUGCUGUGCUGCGCGUGCUGUGA